UGACUGCUCUCUAUUUAUUCCCCUCAAACCUUGCCCUUCUUCUUCUACAUUUCCUCAAACAAACUACUUUCAAGGAAGGAAAAAAAAUGGCUCUUUUGGGGACUCUUUUGGUGGGGUUUCUCUCAUUGGUCUCUUCUGUUCAGGCUUCUUAUGGUGGUUGGAUCAAUGCUCAUGCCACUUUCUAUGGAGGAGGUGAUGCUUCUGGAACAAUGGGUGGGGCUUGUGGAUAUGGGAAUUUGUACAGUCAAGGCUAUGGAACAAACACUGCAGCCCUCAGCACCGCAUUGUUCAACAAUGGUUUAAGCUGUGGAGCCUGCUAUCAGCUCAUGUGUGUUAAUGACCCUCAAUGGUGCCUUCCUGGCUCCAUUACUGUCACUGCCACUAACUUCUGCCCUCCUGGUGGCUGGUGUGACCCUCCAAACCAUCACUUUGAUCUCUCUCAGCCCAUCUUCCAACACAUUGCUCAAUAUCGAGCCGGAGUUGUUCCUGUACUUUACAGAAGGGUGAGAUGCAAGAGAAGUGGAGGGAUUAGGUUUACAAUAAACGGUCAUUCAUAUUUCAAUUUGGUUCUUAUAACAAAUGUUGGAGGAGCUGGUGAUGUGCAUGCAGUGUCAAUAAAAGGUUCAAAGACUAGAUGGCAACCAAUGUCAAGAAACUGGGGCCAAAAUUGGCAGAGUAAUUCCUACCUUAAUGGACAAAGCCUCUCCUUUGUUGUAACUACAAGUGAUGGUCGCAGUCUGGUGUCUUACAAUGUUGCCCCUGCUGGCUGGUCCUUUGGCCAGACAUAUACUGGAUGGCAGUAUCGGUACUAGACAUCAUAUCCCUCUCAGCUAAAGCUAAAUUAAGCAACCCUUUUAGUGUGUUUAAUUAAGUGAUUAACUAGUUCUAUAUAGAAAGAGAGUAUAUGAGUAAAUAUAUGGGGUCAGGACCAAUUCAGAUAUGGCCCUUUCUUGUUUUAAUAUGAUUCUGAGAUUCUGCAGCAGUUCAUGGCAGGCUUUGGAUUAAUGAAAAGCCCUGAGGCCUCGAUAACUGCUAGAAAGAAACAGAAGUGCUUUUAUUGCCCUUUUGUUGCCAAUACAUAAACUGUGCUUUUAAGAAGUGCUUUUGUAAGGUAGCACUGGAAUAAGCUACUGCUAAAUAUGAUCAUGUUUGCAUCUGAGUUUUUCUUAAUUUAAAUGUAAAAGGAAAUCUUGCCGAUUAUUAUC